AUGUCAGAAACUGUAGUAUUUUUGGGAACUUUAACCGUCGCUUCGCGUGGAAUUCAAUUUGAACGUGCCAUAUCUUCAGGAUAUUCGGUUAGUCCUAUCAUUACUGCAACCACUACCUACGUAGUUUGUGGUCAAAAUGUCGGAGAUGAAAUUGACGAUGCUAGAAAAUUCGGUCUUACUAUUCUUAACGAACAAGAAUGGGAAAUUUUGAUAACUCAAAGAGAGGAUGAUGGUUUUAACUCUAAAAAAACUUAUCCUACUAGAGACGUUGAAAAGAAACGAGAAAGGGAUGAAAGUAGUGAUGAUGAACCUGCGGAUAAGGACGAAAUAUUUACAAAACCCACGACAUACAUGGUGACAAAAUCCAAAUUUUGGGAAAUGAAGCUUGAUGGUCGAAAGACAUAUAUUAGAAUGGGAAAUAUUGGUGACAAAGGAGAAAUAACAAUGAAAGAGCAUAAAAGUUUUACCGAUGCAAAACAGUCUAUGAUUAAUUUGAUCGCUAGAAAAACGAGUCAAGGAUUUCGGAAACAAGAUAAACCUUCACCGACAGCUGAUACUAAAGCCGGUAAAACAUUAGUGACUAUAAAGAAGCACCUUAAACGACAAAAAACUCUCCAUGUUAAUGCCAAUGAUAAAACUUUUUUGGAUGACGUUGAUAUCGAAAUUAUUGAUAAUUCUAAACAGCGCGUCAUCAUUGACAAUAUCAUUGACGAUAUCAUUGACGAUGGACAAAAAAUCUCCGCAUCACCACCUCUAUCUAAUAUCACAAACAACGCUUUCAAAUCUACUUUUAAGAAGACGGUUACCUUACCUUCUUCCAUUACUAAUGCUAAGCCUAAGUCAAUUUUAAAAGGCAAUAUUCCCGAACUUUUACUCGCUCAUCCUUGGAAAGAAGACGAAGUUGAUCCAACUGGUUGGUGGAUUUCUGAAAAAUUGGAUGGUGUUAGAGCCUUCUGGUGCGGAAAACGAGGUGUAUUCUUGUCAAGACAGGGAAAAGUUUAUGCUGCGCCUGCUUGGUUUACAAAAGGUUUACCGAAAGACAUUGAUCUUGACGGUGAACUCUUCGGCGGUCGUGGCAAAUUUCAAUCAACAGUUAGUAUCGUAAAAGCUGGUAUUGAAGAAUGGAAAAAGAUAACCUAUCAGGUAUUCGAUGUACCAUCGUACUCUAAUGCUCCUUUUGAAGAUCUUCAACAUAGAUAUUGCAAAGCAGCUAAAGAUAUUUUUGAUGAAUUAAAACGAGUUGAAACAACUGGUGGAGAAGGAUUAAUGAUUAGAAAACCGAAAAGUGAAUAUGUUCGUGGUCGAUCCGACACAUUAUUAAAAAUUAAAUCAUUUUAUGAUGGUGAAGCUCUUGUAGAAGGUUACGAACCAGGAAAAGGUAAAUAUACAGGAAUGACAGGUGCAUUAAAAUGUGUUAUGGCUUGUGGUAAAAAAUUUAAAGUUGGGUCUGGAUUGAGUGAUAACGAAAGAAGAAAACCUCCAAAAAUAGGAAGCAUCAUUGUAUAUCGAUGCCAAGAACUUAGCGAUAGUGGGUCCCCGCGAUUUCCUACAUUUGUUGGAGUUGCUGCUGACAAAACUAAGCCUAACGAUCCGAAUUUCGGACAUAA